GUCCAUAUACGCAGGAUAUUCAAGACAAGAUCUACCUAUGUAUCACUAUUUACCCACCUACUAACGUGUUCAAUCCCAUUUCCUGCCUAUUUCCUGCCUAUUCUAUUCGUAUACGGGUCGAUCAAGGUCAGUUUUUCGCCGUAUAGAUUUUGGGCACCUUGUCGGUCAGCCUCCUGUUGUUGACUGGGAACUGCCGCAACGCUUGCCCGUUCACCGGUUACAACGGUUGCCUUUUCACCUCUCAGGUUCAGGUUUCAACGUUUCGUAUGCCUUAGAUAACUAGGUAAUUACGACGCAACAGGAAGCGAGCCUCGCCAAAACGCACAGCCGAACGAUCGAGCCUUCGGAGAGGCCCUAUUUUUGGGACGGAAACGUGGAGAAGCGCGGAGUGCUUCAACGUAUUUUAACUGCUUUUGGUCACUGCGUGAAUUAUGUCGUCUGCUGGAGCUCGCACCGUCGUGCUGAUCACCGGAGCCAACGGUGGUUUAGGCUUCGAAAUAGCGAAGGGUCUCUUCCUCCGUCCGCACUCCUAUCACAUCCUCGUCGGAUGCCGCGGGGACCUACGUCGCGCGAUCGACGCGAUAUCUAAACUCCGUCAGAUCUCGCCUACCAGCUCGUCGACCGCGGAGCCGCUCUACAUCGACCUCUCGUCAGACGAGUCGAUCGGUGCAGCCUUCCGGCAUGUCCAAGAAAAGAUCGGCCACGUCGAUAUCUUGGUGAACAAUGCUGGUGCGGAUCUGGAUACCGCGGUGGCUUCGGGCCAUCUGUCGAGACGCGAGGGAUGGAAUCGAACAUACGACACGAAUGUGACCGGCACCCAUCUUUUUACCGAGACGUUUGCGCCCCUCCUGCUGGCCUCCCGAGCCAAGUCGCCGCGACUCCUGUUCCUCACUAGCGGGCUGUCGUCUGCCACGGAGCAUGCCAGCGGCACCAGUCACAAGUACGCGCUGGCGCCCGCCGGGUGGCCCAAGCCCAAGACCCUGUGGUUCCCGUACCGGGUUAGCAAGAGCGGGAUGAACAUGCUGGCGGCGGAGUGGGCCCGCCUCCUGCACAACGACGGCAUCAAGGUCUUUGACCUCUCGCCGGGGUUUCUCAAUACGGGGCUGGGAGACAACCGCGCUACCGGAGAGCCGAGAGACAAGGGCGUCUUGGGGGCUAUCGACCCAGCGAUCGGGGCCGGCUUCUGCGUCGAGGUCAUCGAGGGCGUGCGCGACGAGCAGGCGUGGCCAAUUAGGGUGAUGCGGAAGGACGCAGUGCAGCCGUGGUAGGUAGGAUUCGCCCAGGAUUCGUACCUGGAGAAUCUUCGCCACGUGGGAAUAGUAGUAGUAUUGAGAUAAUACGCCGAAUCCAUUUUCCGUCUCGA